GGGAUCAUUUCCAUGGACCAUCUGUCUCUCUGGCUGCGCUCACAACAAAGAAGGACUCAGGAUGGUGUUAGUCCAUGUUGGAUAUCUGGUUCUCCCCGUCUUCGGCUCAGUUAGAAAUAGAGUAUCGAGGCUGGCUCUACAUUCCGCAUUUCUCAGACCUUUGUCCCCCUCCAUUGUGUAGCUAACGAUCAUCUGCUGCUGUCUGCCGUAGCCUCUGCCUGUUCUCUGCAUCUAGCUGUAUUGUGAACCCCCUUCUUCCUCAUUUCCUCUUUCCAUCCGAAGAAGACAUUGGCAUUAAAACAGACAAACAAACAAACAAACCGAGCUCCCACUCAUACCGUAUCCUUCUGUGUAACAGACUAAAGAAUAACACUCUUUAUUUUUCUGUAGGAAAAAAACAGUUUGUCUUGAUUUAAACUGUCAUGUUGCUCUUUAGUGGAUAACCCAUUGUAGAGUUUACUACAGGCUGUCAUUGUGAUUCUCCCAUUCAGUGUGGAUAGACUACAUUCUGCUGUAAAUUUCUGUAAAGUGGAUACAUUUUGAUCCUCCCGGAUUCGAUUACAGCCAGGCUUGAUCGAACUGUCUUGAUUACCGUCUCCAUUCUGUAUUUGUCAAAAGGUGCAUUGUACCAGCUGUUGUUGUACUCAACCCCAGCAGCUGCUUUUACGCUAUGUGUAAUCCGAAUUAUCAAUUGGACAUCGUUCUACAACGCCAACGUCACAAAUUAAUUGAGACUUUCUCACCCCCCAAUGGUCCACUGCACCUGUUUUAAAAGCGCUGCCCAAACAGCUGGCCAUAACCCCGUCCAUGUGUCCAAGCCUGUGUUCCCGCUAGCCGAAUUGAUUUCACAGUAAAUUGGCGAGAUGCGGCUCUAACUCAUUGUGCCAUUUUUGAAAAUAACCCACUAUCAUGCACAGCCUUCCCUCCUCCUCGCCCCCUCUUCCUCCUUUUCAAAUCCUCCAGCGCCUCCAGAAUGCUAUCCAUUUUACAGGGAUGUGUAUAUCCUGCACUGCUGUAGAACUCCUUUUAGAACCAAAAUGUCUUUAAUUUCUUUUUUUUUUUUUAUUCUUUGGUUGUGGUUUUCUACCUUAUGUUUUUUUUUUUUUGUAUUAGAGCCUAAUGCAUGUUCAUUUUAUACUUUUGUUUGUUUUUUUCCACAUUGAACAGCAGAUUCUAAUGUAAUCUUUGUGUAGAGAUGUCCCUGCUGUACUGAAAUGUGCUGUAAGCAUACACAUCUACUCAUUGGAUGCUGCUUCUCUUCUGUUAACCCUACAGAGAGCAUGGUCAGGCCUCGUCUUUGGUCUUAUUUGCAUGGUACUACAAUAGCUUUGUAGGUUUAUAUAAUAUUAUUAUUACUAUUAUCACACAGUGCCACUCGUACUAAUAUUUCCCAAUAAAGACUCUAGUUCUCUUCUUAACCUUCAGUGUGCUUUUUGCUGAUUUCCAUGUGUUCCCUCCUUCCUCCCUCGCCCACUGUGCUGUCACUGAGACAGUCCUCCUCACUCUAUGUAUGUGCUCUCAUUUCUCAGCCGUCUUUGACAAAGUCUCCUCAAAGUUGCUGACUUGGCUUAAUUUUUGGAGCCAUGGCAACCUUUUACCCAUUUAACAAAAAACAAAAAAAAAAAAGGACUGAUAUUUCCUUUUCUCUUACGUCAUCGACUUAAAUCAUUUCACUUUAAAACAAAGCACUUCCUCCUUCGCAUCAGCUCAUUGGUGUUUAUUGGUGUUGAAUUACAAUAGGAAUCUCUGUUAAUUGAAAAAUACCACAUCCAGCGCCCUCCACAGUUAUUGGUUUAAUAAAUGUUCUUUAUUCCACAUUAAGAAAUAUAAUUUAAUUUAAAUUCAUGAUUAAAACAAUUGAUAGCAUUCACACCCUUUUUGCCCAUAGGAAAGGAGUUGGUCGUCUCGUACAUACACUUCGAACAUACAGAGGGAUGGCUCUUUGGGAAAACAAUCCCAUAGGAUUGUGGGUUAUGGUAUUUUACAGUCUUCGUGAUGCUAUUAUCAUGAUUGCUAAAGUCUUUGGAAGAUAUACAAGUAUACAGCUUUACUGUUCUCCACUGUACUUGAUGGUGGCUGUGAGAUAUAUUUUUUUUUUCUCGAAUUAAAGUUGGUUUUACAUCAAACCCAAAGUGCUAUUGUUGAAAUUAAAGAAAAGAAAUUCAGACUGCACUAACCAGAGCACUUGGUACAAGCUAAAGUUUUGUUAGUGUUUAGAACAUCUUUCACAUUUAUGUUUGUGAUGGUAGGACAUUCACAGAAAAGACAUGGCUUCCAAAAGACUGGUUGGUAUUUACACAGCAUCCAUUACACAUCAUAGCCAUGCCCCAAGGAAUCAAGAAGUGAUGAAACAAAAAUAAAUACAAAAAUCUAUCAGUAAAUCUAUCAGCAUUUAAUACUGCCGACCAUCAAUAGUUGAGGGGCCUUCAGAUUUGUUAAUAUUCAUUAUGGUUGUUCAUCUCCUCCUCAAGUAAUGAAAAGACAUACAUUUAAGGUUGUGUUUUUUUUUGUUUUUUUUUUAGUUCGGGAUUAGUUACAAAUUUAUUUUAGCACUUAUCAUAUAUCUCUACGAGGGGUCAAUAACUGUGCCAGGUGCUGUACCUGUUCGUCUCAUUUGCUUUUAAACUAGUUGGGUAUUUGCAGAUACAUUAAUGUAUUUCCCUGGUUGCACAAAUAAGUUGCUAAAAAUGUAUCAUGAAGUAAAAUAAACAACAACAAAAAUCUGGCCAAUUCAUUAUACUGUACCAAAUAUAUCAAAUGGUUUUUUGGGGGUUUUUUUUUUGGUUUUUUUCACUCUGGUCAUGGCAAUGUUAAAUUCAAUAUCUAAAACAAUAUAUACAUGUUUCAAAUAUAUUUUUAACCAACUGGUUGCCUUGUUUUUAAACCUUCAAAAAGCCAUACUUUUUGUGGAAUUCUACACCUUGUGUGAUGAAAGGAGUUAAAAAAGGGGUUUAUUGGUGCACCGUAUGUCUAAUUCUGAAGUCAAAUGAUCCGAUUUUUAUGAACCGAGAUGCUUUUCUUUCAAACUGAGCACAUCCGAGGUAAUGGGAAUGAAAUGGUUUCACAACGAUGCUUCGAUACGGGGAAUCAGCCAUUAUUUGCGAAAGUAAAAGAAGCAGACAAGUCAGCUUAGUCAGAUCGUUCUACUUUAUUUAUUUUUGUCUGUAUCUUGUGAAUAAUGCAGGUAAUGGUAACUAAAAUAGAAACUUGAAUCAAACAUUUAGCAGUUCACUUAUGGUAUUACAAAGGUGAUGUCAAAGUCACACCCUUUGAACUCUUUCACAUUUUGUCACAUUCCAACCACAAGCCUCCUAUUUUAAUAGGAAAUUAUGUGACAAACCAACCCAGUAUGAUGCAUAGUUGUGAAAAUUAUGGUUUCAUCCAAUUACAUCUGCUGGUAUUUUGGUGUGUCUGACAAUCUCUACUAUUGUUUUUGCAAAACGCAUGGAGAUCAUCUGAACAGAAAUGGUCAAGUCCUGCCACAGAUUCCCGAUAGAUGUGUUGGACCACUCCAGCACAUCUAUUUGAUCUAAAGCACUUCAUAGUGAUUUGGCUGUAUGUGAAGUUUUUGUUUCCAGGAUUGCCCUGUAUUUAGCUCCAUUCAUUCUUUUUUUACAUCGGCUCUGGUCAACUUCCUUGUCCUUGCAGAAGAAAAGCAUCCCAAACCAUGAUGUUUCCACCACCACAUUUUACCAAGCCAAAGGUGUUAUGGCUGAUGUGCAGGUUUGGUUUCACCUGACAAGACUGGCUGGUUGGUCUACUACCUACAAUCUUAAUUAAAACACAUCAAAUCUCAUGGCUGAAAUCUGACAAAAUGUGGAAAAGAGCAAAAAGCAUUCGUAGUUUUGCAUGACACCUACAUGCAAAGAUGUAGGGGUCAUUAAAAGAAACUAAUCUUUCUCAUCCUGCCUUUCAUUUUUCUCCAACUGUCUUUGAAAAUUAGUAGGACAGAUUUUGUCAAAUUUAUAAAUAAGAUCUUCAAUCGCGAAGCAGCGAGAUGCUGCUUGUCAUUUUGGAAGAUAAAUAAAUGAAGCACGCAGUGUGUGUACCAGCAAUUUAGGAAAGCAAAACCCAUUAAGUUGAAAUUAGAGCAGUUGAUAAGGCUUUGAGAAAUAUUAAGUAACCUUCAAUUUGAACCAUGAAAGUCAAAAUGGUGUCGAGAGUAUUUCAUUACACUGUCGUCACGGUCUGGCUGUGAUUUUUCAUCUCAAAAAGUAUUUCGAGUCUGCCUCUAAAUGCACGUUCUAUCAAAUAUUAAGAUACUUUAAUUAUGCAACUACAAAUGUAAGGAGCGUUAGAAGUUAGGGCUAAUUGCUGUCUGAAUUUUACCACUCCUACUAGUUCAGGCAGUCAGAUAUUAUUCAUGCGCAGAGACAGAAGGAGUGCUUCAGUGAGAUGCAGCCACGCAAGCCUGGCACAUUUCUUCCCAAACUCCAGCGACAAAGAGUUUUAAAUAACUCAACAGCUGUAAUGCAUGAUGCUCCUCCGCAGUGGCUCUGCUCCAACUGUGAAACUAUUCCGUGUCCUUAUUUAACAAGCAGUGCAGCUGCACGACGACGCAGCUUACGCCUGUGAGUUCAUCAGGUGAGCUGAUUUUUGUUUUAUUGUGUGACAUGAUGAUGAAUGGAAGAAAAAAAAAAAAACAGGAGGCGAUUAUGUUGGGAUCUGGUGAGCUGCGGCGAUGGAAGCUGGAGGAGAUGAGGCAGGUUUCAUGUCAGCCUGCUGCAGUCUCAAGUGGGCGGGGCUUAUCGGCUGUCACUCACGCGGGGGAAACCAUGCUGCAGCCAGAUUGUGGGGGAGGGGCUGCCGGUGCUUAGGCUUUGGGAUGAUGAGCUGAUUUUCUUAGGCUUACUGGGUUUCUGAGUGGAUGGUUUGCUCUCUGCCCCCCGGCCCCCCAAAAAAAGGGGGAAAAAAGGGAUUUUAUGUCUGAAAGUCAGAAAUUUCACAUCAGGGCUGUUUGUCCUUGUAACUCUCCCUUACCUCAGUUUCAAAUAUAAGCAGGUCAGGGUGUGACAAAAUUUUCUUUAUAACAGGCUUCAGACAGUGUCCACUUUUACAAUGUCAGAGGCCCCCUGCACACAGCAACUUAUGUACAGCAGCCAGAAACCAAUAAGAAAUAUCAGUGUGCCAUUUCUGCUCUACUUCCUCAGCCAAAUGUUUAACCUUGCCUUUCUGGGUUCACUGGCUUCUUCUGUCCCUCUGGCUAAAUGCAGCUGAGUGAAAACAUGAAAAAAAAAGAAAAAGAAAAGGCAGCAAUGCUAUGUCUGGUUAAUUAACAGCAGCUAAUUAACGUAACUUUGUCAAAACAUUGUGGGUAAAGUAUGUUAAAUAUAACUUAAGAGCAUGUUAGCUAAAAGGUUUGGCACUUUGUGAAAAGCAUCCAUUGAAUAAUCUUUUCUCCUGCCAUUCUCCUGGUUUUAUAAUGUACAGAUCAAAGUAACAUCAUGUUGCUCUCAAGGCUUUUUUUUUUUCCACAGACAAAUCCUGAAAAGGGCCACCAGUGACAGGAUUGGACCCUAUAUACUGCUUGGUUCUUAGCUUUUAAAUAGAACUAGAGUAUUUAUUGCUUAAAAGAUGGUCAAAAUGACAUAAUUUACUAAAUGUGAUUAACUGUAACAAGAAAACUGUGAAGAGCAGCAACCAAACUGGAAAGUCCUUACUUUAAGAAGUUUCAUACCUUAUUUGUCAUCCAAAUGGUUACGCUUCCAAAUAUUAAAUUAACAUUAACAGCCUCAUUUGGCUCAUCAGUUCUCUCUUUGCAGUGGAGGAUGGUUGGUUACAAUGCAGGCAGUUUCUGGUAAGCUUCAUAGUGUCGAACUGGCACAUUAUAUACGUGUAUAUAAUGUGCCAUAUAAUACGUGUAUAUAACCUUCUAGUGUUAAAUAAGUUUGAAAAUAAUUAUUAGAAAAAUAACUCAUAAGCCAAUCCCCCAUGUUAGACACGUGGUAUCACUCCAAAUUACUGUUGAGCAGAUUAUAAUUGGCUAAUUGAGCAUGAAACAGUGAAAAUCCAGUUGGUGUUGAAGUACGACAUCAUGAACAGUCCACCCUCCAAAUCCCACUGGUCCAGAAAGCCUCAGAGCUUUCUGGAAAGUUGAAAUAGCAUUUUCUUUUUGUUCCUACCCUAAGCUCUCUCCAACCCCAGUUUGUCUGAGCAAAGAGUAAUUUGUAUUGAUUGACUUUGAUGCCAUCUAAUGGCUUUUCUGUCUCUCAUAUUAAUUGGAAAUGGAGGCAUGUCUUUUCUUUUCUUUUCUUUUUUCAGCGUGCUCAGCUGUAUCAUCUGAGGCGCCUUUUUGUUAUCAGGUUCAUUACAAGAAGUAAGGAGUUUAAUGUUCCUUCAAAUAGCUGGCACAAUAUAGAGCUCAAAUUCUUUGGGUUAAGAAGCCCCCAGACUGCAGUUAAGUGCCAUCCUAAAAUUAUUCUUUGAAUAAACAGUAUGCAGGCCCUGAGGGGUGUGGAAGUGGGUCCUCUGAGGACUGACGUUUCUUACUCAGCUUCAGAUUUGUUUUUGCCGUCUCGUCUUGCCUAUAUGUCCAUUCUGAGGUUUCUCUCUCUAAAGGAUCACAGGCCUAUGUGCUCUCACCGCUUGCCUUUAUGUCACAUAGGAGCACACUUCAGCAGGCAUCAGCACAGCCAUGCUACCUCCUGCCGACAUUUUCACCUGGGCGCUCCCCAGGCUCCCAUCUCAGCAGAAUUCCCUCUCGGACAUGCCGGCCAGACCCCGCAGGCGGGCCUGGCCGCCCACCUGCCCCCUACGCACCACCCGACUCUCACUGCCCUGCCCGCACCCCCUCAGUUUCAGGACGUGCCAGGGCCUUCAUUCCUACCUCAGGCUUUACACCAGCAAUACCUCAUCCAGCAGCAGCUCAUUGAAGCGCAGCACCGCAGGAUCCUUCCCCACUCCUCCAGAAGAACCCAGGAGCGCAUCCCUCUGACUUCUCACCGGUUGCGUUCGGGUUUUGAGUACUCCCCUCCCAUCCACGUCCCUCAGCCAAUAACGCAGCAGCCACGGUACCUGGCUGAAGGCACCGACUGGGAUCUCAGUGUUGACGCUGGCCUCCCUCAUCAGUACCAACUCCAGCAGCUUCCGCAGCACUAUCAGCAUUACCUGGCCUCCCCUCGAAUGCACCACUUCCCCAGGAACACGUCGUCUGCCCAAGUGGUUGUUCAUGAAAUCAGAAAUUAUCCAUAUCCCCAGCUGCAUCUGUUAGCACUGCAAAGUCUGAACCCCUCGAGGCAUGCCACUGCUGUGCGAGAAAGUUAUGAGGAGCUGCUGCAGCUCGAGGAUCGACUGGGAAGUGUCAGCAGAGGAGCUGUCCAAACAACCAUAGAGAGAUUCACCUUUCCACAUAAAUACAAGAAGAGAAAGCCUCUGCAGCUAAAGAUUGGGGAGGAGGAGGAGGAAACCGAUGUGGAUGAGAAGUGCACCAUCUGUUUGUCCAUGCUGGAAGAUGGAGAGGAUGUCAGGCGAUUGCCAUGCAUGCACCUCUUCCACCAGGGUUGCGUGGACCAGUGGUUGGCUACCAGCAGGAAGUGUCCAAUAUGCCGGGUUGACAUCGAAACACAGCUGAACCCCGACAGCUGAUGGGAUUUGACUCCUUGCUGAUUCACUCAGUCUUGUGAGAUUCCUCUCUCUCUUCCAUCUCGGCUCAGCAGCCUUCCCCCGACCCUCAUGCCUCCUUCUCCACUUGGUGGGUACUUUGCCAAAUGUCUCCAGACUUCACGCGACACGAACCCCCACCCCCUCUAAUUAAUGCUUUAUUGAGCCAAGCCAGGACUGCACGAGAGGCCACGAAAGACUCUCUUUAUAUAGAAGCACAUCCUCUUGGGACGCAAACGACACUGGAACACAAAACCACACACUUUCUCAUGUACACAGGGUUUACUUGUAGCUUGCUGGUUGUGAGUGGGGUGUUGUUGCAGUUGUGGUGUUGUACUGUAGGUAGCCACGGGCUGUGUAGCAUGUCCUCAAAGCCAUGACUUUAUGUCUGCAGAGCGGUAAACACGUGAACCACCGAACUCUCUAUUUUCUCUAGUUUCUCUGUCUUUUUCUUACUCUGACAUAAACAUAAGCUUAACAGCUACUAACCGCUCUGAUGCCAUGUUUACCUAAAGAUCUCUGUGGUCGUAGUAGAGUAGCAGUAACCAAUAAGUGAUACUUGGUGGACUCUCGCCUUCUUGGGUCGAAGCACUAGCUAGCUGAGUGUUUUGAUCCCGUCAUACAGCUUUGACUUUUUGCAAUACAGUUGUACUUUUUGCUCUGGGUGGUGUCAUUUGGUCGCCCUCUUGGGCAACCAGAACCCCAGUGACUGAGUGGUGUUGUGUCUAAAAUGUUGAAAAUAGGCAGAAAGUGUUUUUUUUUUUUUUUCUUUUUUUUUUUUUUACCAAAAUGCAUUUUAUUGAGUUGGCUUGGGUCUGCACACAAGUUUUGUGUGUGUGCGUGGGUGUACGCGUGUGUGUAUGUGUAACUAAACAAAUAUGUGUUAGUGGCAUGUUGAGUUUGCUUUAAGAGUAAAGAGGUUAAAUACUGCAGCCGCCAGAGCUCCUACAAGACACAAAACCAAAAAAAAAAAAAAAAAAAACUAACUAAAGGGAUGAAAUUAAAAGUUUUUAUGCACUAGGCAUGGGCUGGUAUGAGAUUUUUAAGUUACGAUAACUUUCAGUAAAUACACCAGAGGGUCAUGGCAUUAUUGUAUUUACACAGAAAAUUGUAAUAAGAAUGUAAAGAAUUAAUUGUUUUAAGACAUAAAAUAAAUAAUUAUUCCAAAUGCUGCUAAAAUAUUUGAACAUAUUAAAAAUCAGGCAUAAUUUUAUGUAUGACAAUUGUUUUAGUUAUUUCACCUUUGAAGCACUGGGCUUCCUUUAGCUCAAUUUUACACACUUUUGGGCAUCUAAAUGAAAGGAUUGAACGUUCAGCAGUUUUAAAACUAAAAAUAAAAUAAUGAUAAAAAAAAAAACAACCCUGGAUACCAGAGACUGGCCCAUGCCUCUCAUGCACUGCAGAUGUAGGCGGAAGGAUGUAGUUUUCCUUUUGCCUGUACUUUUUUCCAGCUGGAA